GGUCUUUGCUCCUUGGUCUUUGCUCCAGGUCUGUGCAUCUGAAGGAACAGUUCACCUGUUGAACCCUUUCAUGCUCUUUGUUUUCAGGGCUCACUGUGCCUCUGGACUUCAGCUCCACUUUGAACCCUUCAAACCCACCGAUCGGUGUGGCUUUAACCCGUUUCCGGUGAACGGGACCGGAGCGGGAUCUGUCACCGAGGCCUGUUGGAACUGGGUCCGACUCAGAGGAGCUGGUUCUGGACCGGAACCUCCGUCUGUCUGUGUGUGUGUGUCCGGUGAGACUCAGAUGUAUCCAGGAAACAGCUCAGUGUGACGAACACAAACCCUUUUCUGUUCCACGUCCACAGCAGAAUGGAUCAGAGUGAAGACAGAGAGGAGGGAGCCCCUCCCUGGAAGACCACCCACAGACCCCCCACAGGACCUGGACCUGGACCCGGACCUGGAUCUGGACCCAGCUGUGUGUCCAUGAAGAGUGAUGACUCCAUGGGUCGAUUCAUAGAGUUUAAACCAGGACGUGUUCCACAGACUCAAGCUGGACCUGGACCUGGACCUGGACCUGGACCUGGACCGGAACCUGGACCCAGCUGUGUGUCCAUGAAGAGUGAUGCCUCCAUGAUUGAACCCAUAAGUUUUAAAACAGGACGUGUUCCACAGACUCAGACUUUGAAGAUGAAGCAGGAGGAGCUGGCUGAGUGUCUGCACUGCAGAAGUCAGUAUGGAGUUCAGCAUGAGCUGAAACGUAACCUGCAGCAGAAGUUUGAGUGUGUGUUUGAGGGCAUUGCUAAAGCAGGAAACCCCAAAACCCUCCUGAACCAGAUCUACACAGAGCUCUACAUCACAGAGGGAGGGGCUACAGAGGUCAACCAGGACCAUGAGGUCAGACAGAUUGAAACAGCAUCCAGGAACCCACACAGACCACCAACAACCAUCACAUGUGAAGACAUCUUUAAAACACCAGCUGACAGAGAUCGACCAAUCAGAACGGUGCUGACAAAGGGCGUGGCCGGCAUCGGGAAAACAGUCUUAACACAGAAGUUCAGUCUGGACUGGGCUGAAGACAAAGCCAACCAGGACAUCCACUUCAUAUUUCCAUUCACCUUCAGAGAACCAAUCACAGACUCCUACAAGGUCUGA